CAGAGACACAUGGUGGCACCGUGAGUGUUUCAUGUGUCAAACAAAGAAGUUCUUCGUUUCUGUACAUUUGUUCAAUAUUCUCCGUUAUUUAACAUGAGCGACGAAGAAGAUGCUCUUCUUAAUGAAGAUAAGGACCAGGAUAAAAUAAGGGCUGAACUCUCGCAAAUGAGUUUCGAGGAACUACAGAAACUGAAAGAGAAACUGGGAACUAAAGUGUAUAAAGAAACAUUGUUUGGUCCACGGAAGAUCAAGAAACACGAGUUCAAGCGAGAAAACAAAAACAGACCACGGGAAAUCUCCGCGAAAAAGCCUGUGUCUCGAUUUAUGGAAGUAGUACACGUAAAGAAACAGAUUCCAAGAGAUCCAAGAUUUGACAGUCUUUGCGGCACGUUCGAUCCGAAAAGAUUCAAAAAGAAUUACGGAUUCCUCAAUGAUGUAAAACAAAACGAUCUGAGGAAAUUAAAAGAACAGUUGAAAGAAACCAACGAUCCGAAGAUGAUACAGAAAAUCCAAUACCUCAAGCGACGGUUGGAAAAUCAAAUACGGGAGGAAAGAAGGAGAAAUCAGAUAGAGGAAAGGAAGCGGGAAGAAAAGAAUGAGAUCGCGGAAGCUAUCAAACGUGGCGAGAAACCAGUAUUCAAAAAGAAAUCUGAGAAAAAGGUCUUGAACUUAAUUUCUCAAUACGAAGAGCUGAAAAAUUCGGGCAAGCUGAAAAAACAUAUUCAAAGAUUACGGAAGAAGAAUCGACAUAAGGACAGGCAAAAACUAACGUCGGCAGAACUUGAAUAAAGGGAGAACGUCGAGCAUACGUGAAAUGAAAAUUUGUACAAAUUAAAUAUGAGAGGAAUAAUUACAGGUGUAUAUACAAAAUGGAAUGAAUGAACAUGCUAUGACAAUAAAACUUAAAUUCUUUA